AUGGCCAUCUCAUCCUUCCAGACGCUUUUUGCUGUGCCUAUGACCUGUGACAGUUGCGUCAAGGAUGUCUCCGGCGCCUUACACAAGCUCCAGGGCAUUACCAAAGUCGAGGCAAACCUGCCAGACCAGCUGGUGUUGGUGGAAGGGACAGCACCGCCGUCGGCCAUCGUCAAGGCCAUCGAGAGCACUGGGAGAGACGCCAUAUUGCGAGGAUCAGGCGCAUCAAACAGUGCCGCUGUGAGCAUUCUCGAGAUCUUCCACGAAGCCGACCAGGAGAGCGUUCCUACCAGCGCGAAUGGAUCGGGCGAUCGGGUUGUCAGGGGCCUGGCACGGAUAGUCCAGGUCAGCCCCACGGUGACGCUGGUCGAUUUGACGCUGCGAGGCGUUACCCCGGGCACGUAUCAUGCCACGAUCCGUGAGUUUGGGAACCUCCAGUACGGCGCAUCGUCAGCUGGGCCCGUCUGGUCAGGCCAGAGUGCAGGGGCUGAGGCUGAGGCCAAGGCCAUCGGUACCCGCCGCGGAGUCCUAGGCACGGUGACUAUCGGGGCAAACGGCCACGGGAGUGCGUUCCUCAGCCACCCGUUCCAGGUCUGGGAGGUGAUCGGACAUGCGAUGGUGGUCUCGCGCCAGGAGGAGAGCGAUGUCUCGCCCCUGAGGAACGACGAAAACACCGUGGUCGGUGUCAUUGCACGGAGUCCAGGCAUGUGGGACAACGACAAGACCGUGUGCUCCUGCACGGGGAAGACCCUGUGGGAGGAGAGGAAGGACGAAGCGACCAAGGGCAUGUUGUGA